AUGGAGAAUCAGAAAAGACGCCUGGAAACUGCACCCGACGCCUCUGCAAAGGCCAAUGACGACGAUGAAUGGGUUUCUACCGAUGAUGCAAUCGAGGGGGCUCUAGGACUAGACGACGAUCCGUCGAAAUUGAAUCUGGAUAAUUGGUUCGAACCUACUGCUCCACUCAUGGAAGCAUCAACCUAUCACAGUGAGACAACCCAGUUGCAGCAGGAUACUGAGGAGGUGGUGAUCGAGCUGUAUAAUGAACAUCCAUCGAUGGAAUUUCUUUACGAACGCCACGUUCAGUACGUCAGCUUGUGUCUCACCAGACCAAUGCCAUCGGCUUACACUAUGCUUGAUGCCAAUCACCUGUGGAUGGUGUACUGGCUUGUCAACUCUUUCCAUGUGAUUAAGCACAGGGAUUCGGAACUAAGCAAGGAAUUGGCCCCCGAUGAUGAUGUGAUUGCCAACGCAACUGAAGCCUGGAUCAACGAUGAUGGCAAGGGUGGCAUCGGUGGUGGCGUUGGACAAAUUGGUCAUAUGGCUCUGACCUAUGCUGGGGUGCUUCUGUUGGUGCUUACAAGGAGAUUUGACAUUCUCGAACGCAUCCGGACUGGAUUAUACGAGUGGGUGAUGCUGCUAAAGAACCCUAAUGGAUCGUUCAAGAUGCACCAUAACGGCGAGGCCGACACGAGACUGACAUAUUGUGCUUUAGUGGUGGCAACAUUGCUCAAUAUCGUUACUGAUGAGUUCCUCGUUGGAGUUGAAGCAUGGUUGGACCAGUGCCAAACCUUUGAGGGUGGGUUUGCCGGUGUUCCCGGCACUGAGGCACAUGGUGGAUACACCUAUUGCGCGUUGGCUCUGUACUUUUUGCUUCACAAGGAACCUACAUUCAAGGGUCUUGACGUACCUAACCUUACAAGAUGGCUCGUACUGAGACAAUUCCAGCUCGAAGGUGGGCUUAGUGGUCGUACCAAUAAGUUGGUCGAUGCGUGCUACUCAUUCUGGGUAGGUGCUGCGAUACCAUUGAUUGAAAUCGCCACUAAAACUGAACAAUUGUUCAACCGCUAUGCUCUCAAAAGCUAUUUAUUGAGGGUUGCUCAAAACUCAAGGGGCGGGUUUAAAGAUAAACCCGGCAAGCUGGUAGACUUUUACCAUACUAACUACUCAUUGAUGGGGCUCAGUAUGUGCGAAUACCUAACUAAAUUGAAAACUGAUGAUGCCAAUGAGUUGAUGGCUUUCCGGUUCCACCAUGAACCACUCGCCGAUGAUGUCCACACCGAAGCCACGAAUCCAGUGUUUGGCUUACCCGAAGUGUUUGUUAGUGACUGUAGAGGACACUUUCAGCAACUCGAUGGGCACUAG